AAGUUUACAUAUUUGAUUAUCUUGAACCUCUCAUUCAAUAGUCUAGCAGGCCAAAUACCAGAGGGGGGGUGUUUUCUCAAACCUCACCUCGCAGUCCUUGAUUGGGAAUGCUCGUCUAUGUGGAGCCCCGCGCCUAGGAUUUCCACCAUGCUUCGACAAAUCUCGCUCAAGUAAUAGACACUUGCUACAAUGUUUACUUCCAACACUCGCAUUAGCUUUUGGCGCCAUUGUCAUUUCUUUAUACCUAUGUAUCAAAAAGGAACUUAAGAAGGGAGACGUCAAAGCUUCUAUUGCUCCAAUUGCUGUCAUAGACCAUCAGAUAGUCUCCUAUCAAGAAAUCAUUCGCGCCACCAAUAAUUUUAGUGAGGAAAAUAUGUUGGGAUCUGGAAGCUUUGGAAAAGUCUUCAAGGGACAACUAAGCAAUGGCUUGGUGGUCGCGGUAAAAGUUAUUAACAUGCAGCUCGAGGAGGCCAUCCGAAGCUUUGAUGUGGAGUGUCAAGUGCUUCGAAUGGCGCUACACCGCAACCUGAUAAAAAUACUCAACACAUGUUCAAACCUUGACUUCAGAGCACUAGUGCUUCAGUACAUGCCAAAAGGCAGCUUAGAGAUGAUCCUACGUCGGUCUCAGAGUUCAUGUCACCUAGGGUUCCUUGAAAGACUAGGCAUCAUGCUCGAUGUGUCUAUGGCGAUGGAAUAUCUACACCAUGAGCACUACGAGCUGAUAUUGCACUGUGACUUGAAGCCUAGCAAUGUGUUGUUUGACGAUGAGAUGACGGCACAUGUGGCUGACUUUGGCAUUGCAAGGUUGAUUCUAGAUGACAACUCCAUGAUAUGUGGGAGUAUGCCUGGAACAGUUGGGUACAUGGCAUCAGAGUACGGAUCACUUGGAAAAGCCUCAAGGAAGAGCGACGUGUUUAGUUACGGAAUCAUGCUCCUUGAAGUCUUCACCGGAAGAAGGCCCACCGAUGUCAUGUUCGGCACACAACUAACCCUUAGGCAGUGGGUUCAUCAUUCAUUUCCUGCUGAGCUUGUCCGAGUCGUCGAUGGUCAGCAUCUGCAAGGCUCCUCUCUUUCAAGUUGCAGGUUGGACGAUGGAAUUCUUGCAUCGGUCUUUGAGGUGGGUUUGCGAUGUUCCAGUGACUCUCCACGGCAGAGGAUGACAAUGCGCGACGUGGUCGUGACGCUAAAGAAGAUCAAAGCCGAGUACACCAAACUUGUAGCAACUAUGUCAACUAGUUCAUCACAGUGAACGAGUUCAUGUGCUUAUGUCUCCUCUGUAUGUUUUUUCUUUGCGAAAUGGAUCAUCUAUAUCUAUUCUACUUCUGUACUUAGAAUAACCACGUAACUUCAUGUAUGAGCAGGAAUGAAAUAAGUUGCAUCGGGCUGUAUUUAUACUACAUUUGAUAAAGCUAUUUAGGCACGGUUUUCUUCUCUCCUAUUGUGAGAGUCGCAUUGCGGUUCCCUUUUAAUCAUGAACAAAACAGAACAAGACCAAAAAGAGGAGCUUAUCUUCUUCCUCCCUUCUGUUCCCAAAACUGAAAAUUUGGCAUCUCUGAUCAUCCUAGCUGUUUUCUCUCGCUUGGCCCCACCUAGGAUUUUGUUCACGCUCCACCACUGGGCGUCAUCACCAAUAGCGUGCUGCGUACUGAGUAGUUGGGAGCAUCAGCACAGCACCUUUUGCCGAGAACUGUUCUCAGCAAAGCAUUUGCCGAGUUUUUUUUUUUACUCCUUCACCGAUUGGAACCGGCACUCGGUAAAGCAGUGGAUUCCAGUAGUGACAAGAGCAGAGCAGAAAAAACAGAGUAGUAAAACAGAGGAGACACACAAGCUCUAUAUGUCCCGGCAACGAAUGCCCCCUUUAUUUUCCCUUCCUCUUUUAACUGCAUGCCCACAUAUAUGGGUUUAUUAAAUAGCCAACUCCACAGCCGACUAUCCAAUGAACCGCCUGAAUCGCAGUCACUUAAUUUGGUCCAAGUACUCCUUGGCAACAGUUGUUGGCAAACUGCAACUCCACUCUCUGCACCAUGCAGCAGAUUCGUAGCAGUUCCGUACUCCGUCACACAACUAAUGUGCGCCGUUCGCACUCAACUCCAACAAAUUUAAGGCUAACCCUCGUGGUUGGUCUCUAGCAGGCACGGGCUUGUGCUAGUGUAUGAAAGAAUGCAGACAUGUGUUGAAAAAAAAAGUAGACACCAGAACAAAUAUUUCAAAAAAAAAAAUUUAAUCAUCCAAUUAAAAAAUGUACAAUAUGUAUAAUAAAAUGUUUCCGAUGACUACGAAAACUUUGCAUUGUAAUGGCGUGUGAAGCGCAUAUGGAAGGGGCAUGGUGAAAUAAAGAAGUCUGGGAAUCACGAAAUAGAAGAAAAAGUGCACUCCGUGAGAAAUGUGGAGAAUAGCCAUCCAUUUUUACCAUCAAAUAAAGUUGACUACAUAUCUGAUCCCUCAGUUAAGCAAAAUUAUAUAUGAGAAAAUGUAGACAUGUGUUGAAGAAAAAGGGGGAAAAAGAAGAAAAAAAAACCCUAUGAAAACUAAAAAAGAAACAAAAGAAAAUGAAGAAAAUAAUGGGGACCAGUGAAAGUCAAAGAAAGAAACAAAAUAAAACAGAAGCAACAAAGAAAAACAGAGAAAGCUGCAAAACCCGAUAAGA